AAUUUUUCUUCGACGCGAACUUUUUCAUCUGCUUUCGAAUCGAUUCGUCUGCGCUCGAAUUUCUCCUGUGAUUUUUCUGCAGCUGUCAGAGCUUCAAAUUCUUCUUCUGGUUUGGUGAUUCAGUGCAUGUCCCCUACUACAGUAUAGUGCAAAGUGCGAACUGCUAAGUCCAAGUCCCGUGCCAGAUUCACCCCUUUAUACUGCAUACAUACACCAAGAGAAAGAAAAAGCACCGAGAGGGAGCUACACUCACCAAUACCCAUGCUACAACUGGCUCUAUAUAUGGCACUACUGGAAUGGUGGAAGAAGGAAAUAUUUUGUGACUAUACAUGACAUAAUCUGUUAAGAGAAUUCUUUUAGAAGGAAUGUCGAGGUGGUGCUAGCCAGUAUUUUAUAGAAUAAAGCUGAUGUAUAUAAAUAGGAGCAUGGCUAACAUCUAGGGAUAUCCAAAAAAUAGUAGUGAAGCUCUUGUAAUUGGUAGAGUCCUUGCCUCUCGAAAGUAAGGGUUGUAUUAAGGAAAUGUACCCUCAAUAUAAUAUCUAUCCUUGGUUACUUAUUUAUCUUGUUGUUCUCUAUUUGCGAAGCUAAGGAACUCAUGUCCUAGCAAUUUGGUCUCGAACACUCAACGAACUCAACAUUUGGAGGAAUUAUAGAUCUACGCGCCGCGCUGACAGAGGAAGUGGCGUUAGUGGUGGAACUAGUUGUUGGUCCCCUACCGCAGAUGUUGGCCGCCCAAAUCGCCACUAGUAUGGAGAAAGCCACACAACAUUUGACAAUAGAGAUGGGUACACUGUAUGAACGGGAUGAAGGAAGCUCGUGGAGAUGCUGAGAUGGGCAGGGAAGCGCCAAGCGAGCAAGCUUGCUGUCGUGAGUUUGCAAGGAGGGAAGAAAGGAGAGAAAGUAGAAUGGGGGAGUUUGGGAAUGAAACGGAGGAAGAGGAUGACAUGAGAUAUGGAGGGAGGUACCAUGGUGGUGGCGAAGAGGAUGACAUGAGAUAUGGAGGGAGGUACCAUGGUGGUGGCAAUUGGUGUGCAAAAAUGUUGGAUCUACCCAUCUCCACCGGUACAAUCCAGAUGGGUGGAUUAUAAGAGUUUCAAAUUCUAUAGCCUGAAGCCCUGAACGCGAAAGAGCAAGUGAAGGCGACUGUCGUAUCCAUGGACGGAAAUGCGCUCCUCUAGUACCACAGGGAGAAUCGUCGACAUCCAAUAUGAGGUGGUCGAAGAUGAAAACCAUGUUGCGUCAAUUUUCGCGAAACGACAAUUACCUUGCACUAGCAGUGUCUUAGCCACGAGGGAGUGGUGGAGGAGUAUAGGUGAUGAUUCAUUGAGCUUUUGGCCCCUUUGGAAGGAAUACCCAACUCCGUACUCCAAACCAGUUUAUAAGUAAGCUCAAAUAGGACAUAAACAACGAAAUGGGACUCAUUAGCUCACAAUCUGUGGAUCUGUUAAAAUUAGCAAUUAAACUUGACAUUACAAUGCUUGAUAGGGAGAAAAUCAAGGAAUGCCAUUAAUAUGUUAGAAUGACAAGAGAAGAAUAAGGAGUAACAUUCAUUAAUUAAUUUACAAUACCCUUAUAUAAAUGCAUUACGUAAUUCUUUUUGUAAGACACAUAUAAGAAAUAUAAGAGUUAUUAUUUAGUGAAUUUUGUCUUCUUUUCUAUAUAUUAUUCUACCAAAAUAUUGUGUGUGUCCAUCACGCUUCCAACAAAGUGGUAUCAGAGCUAGUGUUUAUAUUAUGGCGUCACAAACUAAUGUUGUAGCUUUCCAAUAUCCCAAACUUACAAAAGAAAAUUAUGAUAAGUGGUCUCUACGUAUGAGAACAAUUCUUGGAGCCCAAGGUGUUUGGGAGAUUGUUGAGAAAGGUUAUACGAAACAAAGUUAAACCAAACAGAGAAAGAAGCUUUGGAUAAUGAGAGGAAAAAGGAUCAGAAUGCACUUACAAUCAUCCAUCAAGGUUUGGAUGAUGACAUGUUUGAAAAAGUUGCUAAUGCAAGAAGUUCAAAAGAAGCAUGGUGUACCCUUCACAAUUCCUUUGAAGGUGUAAGUCGAGUAAAGAAGGUUCGACUUCAAACUCUAAGAGGAGAGUUCGAAAAACUUGAGAUGAUGGAGAAAGAAUCCAUCUCAUAUUAUUUCACAAAAGUUCUAAACAUUGUGAAUCAAAUGAAGAGGCUUGGAGAAUCGAUGGAAGAUUCUCGAGUAGUAGAAAAAAUAUUGCGUUCGCUCAAUUCUGAUUUCAACCGCGUAGUGGUUGCUAUCGAAGAGUCAACUAAGGACUCAGAUUCAAUGACAAUCGAUGAAUUGAAUGGGUCACUUCGAGCCCAUGAACAACGAAUGGUUAAGAAAGGAAAGAAGGAAGAUGAGCAGGUGUUGCAAGCCAGGACAUCCUUUAACAAUAAAGGAUUUACACGUGAUAAGCAACAUUAUCAAUCACGUGGUAGAGGCGGCCAGCGAGGACGUGGUCGUGGUCAAGGAAGAGGGGGUGAUGAUCGAAAUUCCCAAAAUUAUUAGAGGUGAAACCUCUACCAGAGGUCAUGGACGUGGUAGAGGAAUGAAUCAAUACCAGAGAAGUAAUGAUAAGGCUAAUAUUCAAUGUUACAAUUGUAACAAAUAUGGCCACUUUGCAUGGGAAUGCUAUUCAAAAAAGGUGCAGGAAGAAACAAAUCUUAUUGAAAAUAAGGAUGAUACAGAAGAAUCAACUAUGUUGUUAGCUCUUAAAAUAGAAGAUAAGAAGGAUGAUAAUUUAACGUGGUAUCUUGACAAUGGAGCGAGUAACCACAUGACAGGAGACAAGAACAAAUUUGUUGAUCUGGACACAAGUGUGACAUGCAACGUUACUUUUGGCUAUGGCUCAAAAGUAAAAAUUGAGGGAAAAGGUACGAUUAUGAUUGAAUUAAAAGAUUCAAGUCAUAAAUUAAGAAGUAAUAUCUUAAGUGUGGGUCAGCUCUUAGAAGUCAAUGGAUGCAAAAUUAUGAUGGAGGGACAAAAGUUAUGGCUUCGUGAUAGAAACUCUAAUCUAAUAACUACUGUUUCUAUGACGAAGAAUAGAAUGUUCUUGAUUAAUCUACAAACAAUUGGUCCAAUGUGUUUGAAGACUUGUGCUGAAGAUCCUUCUUGGAAGUGGCACAUGAGAUUUGGUCACCUUAAUUUUGAAAAUCUUAAAGAGAUAGGACACAAGAAAAUGGUAAGAGGAUUGCCUUGUAUUGAUCAUCCUAAUCAACUGUGUGAAGCAUGUUUACCUGGUAAGCAACCAAGAAAGGCAUUUCCAAAACCAUUUAUUUCAAGAGCGACGAAGCCACUUGAAGUGGUGCAUUCAGAUAUAUGCCGACCAAUCAAACCCAAAUCACUUGGUAAAAGUUCAUACUUUAUUCUUUUCAUUGAUGAUUAUAGCAGAAAAACAUUGGUUUAUUUCUUGAAAAAUAAAUCAGAAGCAUUUGACACCUUCAAGACGUUCAAAGCAAUGGUUGAGAAAGAGAGUGGUUAUGAGAUUAAAGCAUUGAGAACAGAUAGAGGUGGUGAGUUCACAUCCAAUGAAUUCAACAAAUGCUUUGAGGACCAUGGAAUACGCAGAUCACUUACUGUUCCAAGAACGCCACAACAAAAUGGUGUAGCGAAAAGAAAGAAUAGGACUAUUCUCAACAGGGCUAGACUAGAUCUAUGCUGAAAAACAAGAAGAUGCCUAAAGAAUUUUGGGCAGAAGCAGUUUCAUGUGCAGUUUACUUGUCAAAUCGUUCCCCUACAAAGAGCUUAGAGAAUGUUACGCCUCAGGAA